GUAACACUACUCUAAAACUGUCGGUGGAAGUAAAUAACCUCAAAAUAUAAUUCAAUAUUAUAUGUUUCAUGGACUAAAAGACCUUUGCGCAACUUUCACUUAUUUAAAACUGUAUUUAUUUGUUUUCCAUGACGCUGCAACUACUACGCGUCAUACGUAAUUCAUUAGUAAUUUCAACUAAAAAUUGUUCACAUUUCGGUCGCCAUUGCAAGUUCUUACGUAGCGAAUACCGUUACACGGAGGAGUGGGGACUGAGACGCGCGAGGGGGGCACGUAUCAGCAGCGCCGUUGGAGCGCGAGUUCACUCUGUCACUCGGUCAUUACGGUAUUUCCGUACAGCGCGUCCUACAUUUACGAUCGUGAAAGAAAGAGUGACAAUGCCCGAAAACAAACAGUUUCAGCGUCUCCCAAAAAAUGUGGUGCCAAAACAUUACAAUUUGGAACUGGUACCAAAUCUCGACAAAUUUACAUUCAAGGGAAAAACAGCAGUGAAAGUAUCGAUAUUGAAAUCAACCAAUGAAAUAGUUCUUAACUGUUUGGAUUUGGAACUGACAAGUGUAAAGCUGGAAUACAAUGAUGGUGGUGCUGAUAGCUGUAUCAAUCCAUCCGAAGUACGACUUAAUGCGGCAGACGAAACUGCGACAGUUCUGUUUGGCAAUGCCCUCGCUGAAGGCGAUGCUACGUUGUACUGCGAGUUUAACGGCGAGAUCAAUGACAAGAUGAAGGGUCUCUACCGCAGCAAAUAUCUGACGCCAGGAGGCGAAGAACGUUACGCUGCCGUCACGCAGUUUGAGGCGACGGAUGCUCGUCGAUGUUUUCCUUGCUGGGAUGAGCCUGCAAUCAAAGCCACUUUCGAUAUUACUCUGGAGGUGCCACUGGAUCGUGUAGCCCUAUCUAAUAUGCCUGUUAAGGAGGAGAAAACAAAUGGCGGAAAGAAAAUAGUACAUUAUGAUACAACUCCUAUAAUGUCUACAUAUCUUGUGGCAUUUGUAGUUGGAGAAUAUGACUUUGUGGAGAAAAAGUCUCGUGAUGGUGUAUUAGUAAGAGUUUACACUCCAGUGGGUAAAAGUAAACAGGGAAUGUUUGCUUUAGAAGUGGCAGCUCGAGUGCUUCCCUAUUACAAGGAAUAUUUUGAUAUAGCUUAUCCCCUGCCAAAGAUUGAUUUGAUAGCAAUAGCUGAUUUCUCUGCUGGUGCCAUGGAGAACUGGGGCCUUGUCACUUAUAGAGAGACUUGCCUGCUAGUAGAUGAAGAACACACAUCAGCUGUGAGGAGGCAGUGGAUAGCUCUGGUGGUUGGUCAUGAACUGGCUCACCAGUGGUUUGGAAACCUUGUCACUAUGGAGUGGUGGACUCAUCUUUGGUUGAAUGAAGGCUAUGCAUCUUUUGUUGAGUUUCUUUGUGUUAACCACCUUUUCCCAGAAUAUGACAUUUGGACUCAAUUUGUAACUGAAAAUUAUAUCAGAGCAUUAGAAUUGGACUGUUUAAAGAAUUCUCAUCCUAUUGAAGUCCCUGUAGGUCAUCCAUCAGAAAUUGAUGAAAUAUUUGAUGAUAUAUCAUACAACAAAGGAGCAUCAGUAAUCCGCAUGUUACACAGAUACAUUGGUGAUGAUGAUUUCCGUAAGGGAAUGAACAUUUAUCUCACAAGACAUCAGUACAAGAAUACAUUUACAGAGGAUUUAUGGGCCGCCCUGGAAGAGGCUUCAAACAAGCCAGUUGGAGCAGUUAUGUCUACCUGGACUAAACAAAUGGGCUUCCCUGUUGUAGAGGUGUGCUCAGAACAAAGAGGCUCUGAUAGAGUCUUAAAAUUAUCGCAACAAAAGUUCUGCGCAGAUGGUAGUCAAGGAGGCGAUACACUUUGGAUGGUGCCUAUUACUAUCUCCACACAAGAACAACCUGCUAAGGUUGCACUGUCUACUGUUUUAGAGAAGAGGACACAGGAAGUUGUAUUGAAAGAUGUUUCUGAGAGUUCAUGGGUUAAACUGAACCCUGGCACUGUUGGCUACUACCGUACUCGUUACCCGGCGUCCAUGCUGGGGCAGUUGGUUACGGCGAUACGAGAUGGCUCACUUCCGCCGCUCGACCGUCUCGGUCUUCUUGACGACUGUUUUGCCUUAGUACAAGCUGGGCAUACACAAACAGCCGAGUCCUUGAAACUUAUUGAAGCCUUCAGUGAUGAAACUAACUUCACAGUAUGGUCGUCAAUUUCAAACUGCUUAUCAAAACUAAGUGCCUUAUUCUCGCAUACUCCGCUUGACAAGCCCCUGAAGAACUACGGCCGUAAACUUUUUUCGAAUAUUACACGCCGCUUAGGCUGGGACGCGGAAGAGAAAGAGAGUCACCUUGAUACAUUGCUUAGAAGCUUGGUGCUCAACAAAAUGAUUAGUUUUGAAGAUCCAGAUACAAUUAAGGAAGCUAAGAGCCGUUUCGAAAAGCACUUAUCGGGCGCGUGCAGCCUGCCGGCGGACCUGCGCUCGGCGUGCUACCGCGCGGUGCUGGCGGACGCGGACGAGGCCACGUUCCAGCGCUUCCUGCAGCUGUACCGCGCCGCCGACCUGCACGAGGAGAAGGACCGCAUCAGCCGCGCGCUCGGCGCCGUCAACGACCCCGCGCUGCUCAAACGAGUGCUAGACUUCGCUAUCUCGGACGAAGUUAGGUCUCAAGAUACAGUGUUUGUAAUCGUUUCCGUAGCAGUAAGUAAAAAUGGCCGUAAUCUUGCUUGGCAGUUCUUCAAAGAUCAUUGGCAACAAUUUAUGGACCGUUAUCAGGGUGGGUUUCUACUGGCCCGGUUGGUGAAAUCGACGACGGAGAACUUCGCGUCGGAGACGUGUGCGCAGGAGAUCGAGCAGUUCUUCCGCACGCACCAGUCGCCGGGCACGGAGCGCUCCGUGCAGCAGGCGCUGGAGACCGUGCGCCUCAACGCGGCCUGGCUGCGCCGCGACCUCGCCUCCACCACCGCCUACCUGCAAUCCUACCAUUGACUCCACACCACUACAUCCUUUGUAAACUUGUUUUUAGGCUUAUUUUAUAGGUUUUUAAAUAUCCGCCGCCGAAUUACUGUUUUGUUUUACCAAUUUAAUAGUACAUUAUUUGCAGGACCAAAUGAUACAAGACUGAUAACUACAACGAAAUCAAAUCUACAGUAAUUAUAUUAUCUUGUCUAAUUAUUUUAUGAAGUUUAUCAAAUAGAAAAGAGAGUAUUCUGAAUUAUUUCAGUUUUAUAUUUCAUUAUAAUUAUUUUACUGGUCAAGUUACAUUAUUGGUCAAAAGAUUUAUAGUCAAUUAAAUCUUGUAUGUGUUACAAAUUUUGUUGUAUUAUAUGCAAAAAUAACCAUAAUUCAAAAAAAUCUUCAGUAUUGGUGAAAUUUAAUAAAAUCAAUAUUUUAUUUCCUAUUAAGCCGCAAAACGCAUAUUAUAAUAUCAAAAAUAAUAAAAUUGUUAUCAAGUGGUAUAUCUCCAAUCAUUACUAAUUUGCAUUUUUAUUGCUAAGAGUUACAUAGUGCAUAGAGAUGUUUAAACUCAAUACUGUUGCAAGAAGUGCUAUUUUAUUAUACUUAGAUAUAGCAUAUGUUGUACGUUAACUUAGCUGUAGUUGUGUACUUCUUAUAAAUUUAAUGGCCUUAUGCGUGUAUAACAUUCAAAAUGAAUAACAGGGCAAGAUACAUCUUGCAGGUUGAGCUACUAAUGCUAGCGUGUCAAUCACUUCACUUGUUUUCUUUCAUAUAAAACACGAUGAUUCCAGUUCCAAAAGGCAUGAUUAGAGGCCUAUUUUCUACGUAUAUAUUUUGUAAAUGUGUAUAAAUAUUGUUUUAAUUUAUGUUAAACAUGUAAAAUGUUUUACUUGUGGUGCUGAAUGCAUUUUUUGUUUUGUUUCAGUUUGGUAGGAGUUAGUUUUGAGUUGGUUUCUUUCUUACAGGCAAUUCUAGACACUUAAUCACAUCUUUGUGCAAUCGUUUUAGUAUAAUGAUAACAUUUUCAUAACGUGAUUUAUCAUGGGUUGCACUUUAGCGCGCACUUUUCUUUAAACAGGUAAUAAUUCAUUAGUUGAACAAUCUAAUUUUUAUUGGCUAGAAUAAAUAGACUUCGUUAUUUCCGGUACUGUAUGUGAAGUAAUGGGCGUGCUAAAAUCAUCCCUCAUUAUUUAUUUUGUUGACAUGCAAGCUUAGUCAAAAUUGUGAUUUUGGGGCUAUAACAAUUUUAAAGUUACCAUUAGUGUCGCAUUAUGUUGUCAUCACUGAUUUGUUUUGUAAGACUGUGUUAUCGCAAUAAAUCGUACAAAAUA